AUGCCAGGCGGUGCGGCGCCCCCGGCGGGGACGGCCGACGUGAGCCGGGUGGAGGCGCCGGUGACGGUCAAGGCGUACCUGAUGUGCGUGUUUGCGGCCUUUGGCGGCAUCUUCUUCGGGUACGACUCCGGGUACAUCUCGGGCGUGAUGGGGAUGGACUACUUCAUCCGGGUGAUGGAGGGCGGCGGCGACGGGGUGGUGCUGGCGGCGUGGAAGAAGUCGCUCAUCACGUCCAUCCUCUCGGCGGGCACCUUCUUCGGCGCCCUCAUGGCGGGCGACCUGGCCGACUGGCUCGGGCGGCGCGUCACCGUCAUCCUCGGGUGCGCCGUCUUCAUCGUCGGCGUGGCGCUGCAGACGGCGAGCGCCGGGCUCGGCCUGAUCGUGGCCGGCCGGCUCGUCGCCGGCUUCGGCGUCGGCUUCGUCUCGGCCAUCAUCAUCCUCUACAUGUCCGAGAUCGCGCCGCGCAAGGUCCGCGGCGCCGUCGUGUCGGGCUACCAGUUCUGCAUCUGCCUCGGCCUCCUCCUGGCCUCGGCCGUCGACUACGCCACCCAGGACCGCACCGAUAGCGGCUCCUACCGGAUCCCCAUCGGCCUCCAGAUGGCCUGGUCCCUCAUCCUGGCCGCCGGUCUCUUCUUCCUGCCCGAGUCGCCCCGCUUCUUCGUCAAGAAGGGCGACCUCGCCCGCGCCGCCUCCACCCUCGCCCGCCUGCGCGACCAGCCCGUCGAAUCGGCCUAUAUCCGGGACGAGCUGGCCGAGAUCGUCGCCAACCACGAGUACGAGAUGACCGUCGUGCCCCACGGCAGCUACUUCCAGAGCUGGGCCAUGUGCUUCCGCGGCUCCCUCUGGGAGAGUAGCAGCUACCUGCGCCGCACCGCCCUCGGCACCUCCAUGCAGAUGAUGCAGCAAUGGACCGGCAUCAACUUUGUCUUCUACUUCGGCACCACCUUCUUCCAGCAGCUCGGCGUCAUCCAGAACCCCUUCCUCAUCUCGCUCAUCACCACCCUAGUCAACACCUGCUCGACCCCGAUCUCCUUCUACACCAUGGAGCGCCUCGGACGGCGCACGCUGCUCAUCUGGGGCGCCCUGGGCAUGCUGGUGUGCGAGUUCAUCGUCGCCAUCAUCGGCACCGUCCGCCCGGACGACGACACGUGCGUCAAGGUCAUGAUCGCCUUCAUCUGCAUCUACAUCUUCUUCUUCGCCACCACCUGGGGUCCCGGCGCCUGGGUUGUCAUUGGCGAGAUCUUUCCCCUGCCCAUGCGCGCCAAGGGCGUUGCCCUGUCCACCGCCUCUAACUGGCUGUGGAACUGCAUCAUCGCCGUCAUCACGCCCUACAUGGUCGACACGGACAGGGGCAACCUGGGCCCCAAGGUGUUCUACAUCUGGGGUGCGCUGUGCACCUGCUGCUUCGUCUACGCCUACCUGCUGAUCCCCGAGACCAAGGGCCUGACGCUCGAGCAGGUCGACCAGAUGCUGGCCGAGACCACCCCGCGCAACAGCGCAAAGUGGGUGCCGCACAGCACCUUCGCCGGCGGCGACCCCAAGCCCGACGAGAAGGAGGUCGGCCACGUCGAGAAGCUGGACGGGUACAGCAGCAGUGCAUGA